AUGAACUUUAAUUUCAACACUGAUACAUAUAACUCUAACAAGGAGAAUGUAGAUAUUAUAAAUUUUAAAACUUCAACGAAUAGAUUGAGAAACCAUGUAAGCAGCAUAGAGUCAUCAAGAGAAAAAUCUUUGAAUGACAGUUCCAAAGGAGAUGCAAGCAUAUUUAGCAUGAAGAAUUCAACAAACUAUCAUUCAAAGUUUCAUAAAUCUUACCACACUUUGAAGAAUAUGCCUCUGAAAGUUCCGAAUAUCAAUGAAUUCUCACAGAAGAGUUUGCAGCGGAUCAAGUCUCGUAUUCAAAGCCGCGAAAGCGCGGCUUUGAAGAGCACUAGUUUUGAACGCCCAUGGCUCAGCAGGAGAUCAAUUGAUGCUAAGAAAAAGAAGUUAAAAUAGCAUCAAUAUCUUCAAACAGUCCUUUGACAAGUCAAGAGAAAGCAGUCAGUAUAACGAUCAAAAGGCAAGAUCUCAAAUUGUAGAGUUCCAUCUAAUUUGUAGAAAUAAAGUCAAAAUGUUUCCAAAGCUAAAGAGUAAUAUUAGUAAAAAGAAGCUACAACAAUUAAAAAUCUCCAAAAAUUGUAACAUGCCAAGAGUUUUCAGAGACCCUAUUAAUUUCAAAUCUGAGAGACGGUCAACUUGGGGAAAGAGUGAGAGAAAACAAAAGCAGCAGAUUAAGAGACUCAGGAAAGGCUUUGAAAAAUACAAAUCCCAAAACUCCAGGUCUCAAAAAGUCCAUACAAGCGAAUCAACCCGUCCAAGGCCUCACAAACCCAAAACCAUGCCUAAACUGGCCGACCUAACCCACCUUCACCCCCUUAAAAAGUCCAUAACCCGCUUACCCAGUAAAAAAUCUGCUAAAAGACCAAAUUCCCGUUCAUCCACCGAGAACCAGAACACACUAAACACCCAAAGUAUCCCAAAACUCAAACGAAGAAAAAGCAAAUCCAAGCCAAAGCCACCUAUCAAGAGAAAAAACACGAAGAAAAGUACCUCAAAGGAAAAGUUUACGCCUAAAGUCACUAGAGGACUCAUCAGAGCUUAAUAAAUUACUGUUUCAAGCCUG